CACCAAGUCGCUUCCUCUCCCGAAUUCAACCUCAACCUCACCACACCACCACCACCACACCGAUCGCGCAACCCAAGAACAUAUCAACAAAAAUGCCAGCCCCCAUCCUCCGCGCCGGCGCCCUCGUCGCCUCCCGGCGCGCAUUCAGCACCACCCGCGCCGUCCGCUCCGGCGGUGCCCCGCACUACGACCCCCCCAGCGGCUGGCUGUUCGGCGUCAGACCGGGCGAGAAGUACGAGAGGGAAGGGUGGGAGAUCCCGUUCUUCUAUGGGUUCUGCGGCAGCUUUGCUGUUGCUACGAUUGCGUAUGCUUUUAAGCCUGAUACUUCCAUCCAGACAUGGGCUCUCGAAGAGGCUCGCCGCCGACUAGAGGCCGAGGGCAUCCUCGAGGAUCCUCAGCCCGAGAAGUAAACGUCUCGAAUGCCAUGUUGUUGUAUCUGCGCCCAUCCAUCAACCAUUCGCCAGCACAUUUACAAACCUCAAGGAGUGGGCGCCAACAACAACAACAACGCCAGGUGGCAAUUUAACGAUUACCUUCGAAAUUUUGGGAAUACCAGGAAACAGUCGAGUCGAGUCGAG